GGUAUUGACUAUCUCCUCCAAUUUGUCUCCUCCUCCACCAAAAAGGUCAUCUUCCUUUCUUGUUUCUUCCAACUUCCAAUUUCCAAUUUUACCUCAAUGUGCUACUUCUUCUAAGGAUUCUCUUUUAUCACUUGUUAGGUUGUCAAAGCAUCAAAAUUUUGAUAUUCUUGUGAAGUAUCUCCAUCUAGGGUUCCUCAAAUCUCAAAAAGUACCCAUCUUUCUUUAUUUUUCAAUCUGAAAAUACCAAAUUUUUGUUGUUAAUUAAUGCUCAUCAUCUCUUCUUGAUUGGGUCCUUUCUAAUUGUCGUGGGUUUUCAGGAUUUGCUACUUUUGAGAAUCUAUGCUUUGUGCAAUCAAUCAAUUAAUUAUGAUAUUAAUUAGAGCUUUGCAAUUUUUCUUUCCUUACUUAGCAUAUAUUCUUGCCUUGUAAAGUCAACUUUGGUUCUGUUCUUCCACUAUUGAACUUUUGGGUAUGAAUUUUUUGGUCAAUUAUGUUCAUUCUAGACAGAUAUUUAUCUAAAUUAAUCCAAAUAUCCCAAAAUGAUUGAAGCUUUUUGGUUUAUAGUUUGAUUUGGUGUUCGUUUUCCUAACCCACACCAACUGUUUGAUUAAAUUCCCCAACCAAAAAAAGAACAUGGAUGAUGGUGAAAUAGAGCCUUCUGACCCUGCUUUCUUACAAAACCCAAGUACAUGUAGUAAUAACAACAACGACAGCAAUAAUAAUUCACUCCCAGGAGGAUCAGUAUCAAUUGAUUCAGUUUCAAUUAUUGAUGAAAUCUUGAAGCAUAACAAAAGAACUUGUACUCAUACUCAUACUUGCAACCCACCUGGCCCUGAUGCCAUACAUACUCAUACUUGCUACCAUACUCAUACCCAAGUGUUUUCUUCUGAAGAAGAUACCAAAAACAGAUGUGAAUCCCCAUCAUUGAAGCCUAGGAGAGCUUCGGGAAAUCGAGAGGCGGUUAGGAAGUAUAGGGAGAAGAAGAAAGCACAUGCAGCUCACUUAGAACAGGAAGUGAAGAAUCUUAGGUUUAUGAAUCAGCAGUUAUAUAGGAAGCUUCAAGGGCAGGCAGCUCUUGAAGCUGAGUUAUUGAGAUUAAGGGCUCUUUUGAUUGGUCUUAGAGGAAAAAUCGAUGUCGAAUUGGGUAAUUUUGGGUUUAAUACUACUGAUAUUGGUACUAGUUUCAAAGAAGGUGAUUAUGGAAUCCUGUCUAAUGAUAGUAAAGGAAUUAGAUUGCAGUGUCAAACACAAGCGCCAUGUUUCUUACCACAGGGGAACCAGAACCAGAAUCAGAACCAGUCUAUGAGUAUUAGUAAUGUUCAAGGUGGUGAUAAGGCUGUUUUCCCAUGGCAAGAAAGUUCUGAACCAGUGAUUUUAAGCUGUCAAGUUAAUGAUAAUGGAGUUUCCGGUGCUUUAGAACCGAUGUAACAUAAUUUGUUAGCUAAUUUGUCUUUUGAAUGCUCAAUUCGAUCAAAAAUGCUCAAAGAUAGUCCAAAACCGAUCACCAAUGUAUUUUCCAGCUAAAUUUCCUUUUAAAUGCUCAAUUCGAUCAAAAAAUGCUCUAAGAUGGUCCAAAAUCGAUCAUCAACGUAAUUUAACAGCUAAUUUGCCUUUUGAAUGCUUCAGUUUGAUCAAAAAUGUUCGAAGAUAGUCCUAAACCGAUCAUCAAUGUAUUUGCCGGCUAAUUGGCUUUUUGAAUGCUCAAGUCGAUCAAAAAUGCUCAAAGAUAGUCCAAAAUCGAUCAUCAUUCGCUUUACAACGCCCGCUUGAGGAAACUGUUAACUUCUGUAAGAGAUAUGUAUACAUUCAUAUAUUGGCAUUGAAUUAUGUCUUGCAAUUGUUUUAGUCUCAUUGUAAAUUCAGUGACACAGAAAAUAUUAUUGAUACUGUUGUAUAUAAAUCAUCAACUUACUAAAUUUACUUGUAAAUUUUCAGAAUGUACAUAUAAUUUGCAUUAGAGUGAUCAUGGUAAAAUUAUUA